AUGUACAUUCCAGCAGUCUACACAACUGUGGGGCUUACAAUUCUACUAUUCCCGUUAUUGGUUCCUUUGAGAUUGAAAUCUAGACUUCUUCUGAGCCUAAAGAAAAUUGUCACAGUAUGUUGGUUGAUCUCAAUCUUUAUGGCCAUAUCACCAAUGGAAGCCCAACAAGGAGCGCCUUUCCAUAAAUAUGGUCAAUCCAAAAUAGCAUUGUACUCAUGCAAUUACCUUAUUCAACUCACAAAUGCUCGUUUUUGUCAAGAAGACAAGAGUAUAGAGUGGUGCUACUGCAAUAAUUUCAAUGCCUUCAGCACAAUCUCACAUUGCUACAGAGUUGCGCAUCCAAAUCAAGUUGAUUCACUACUAAACAUGUGUUUACCAUACAAUAAGACACUCGAUAUUGAUGUAUUUUAUAGAGCCAAUAACUAUUACGACAACCAUGCGCAAGAGGUUAACAUCUCAAACUCAUCAAUGCUUCCGAUUGUGCAAUUCCCAGCAAAGUUGAAUGACUCGGAAACAUUUGUUUUCCAAAAAGCAUAUCAAAGUUUUUUAGGAAACUUUGACGUGUCGGUUGAUUAUGGAGCAUACUUGGUGUUAUAUUGGGUUGCUGUGUUUUGCCUUGCGGCAUUGGGUAAUUGGUCUAAAAUAUGGUUUUCUCAAAUUAAUAGAAAGCUCACCGACCCCUUGACAAAUUGGUUUAGAAAGACUAUAUCGUUGCCGGCAACGGGCAGGAAAAACAAAACCAAUGAGCAACUGUUUGCCUACGUAUUGGAUAUGCUUAUACCAACACGGGCCGAGACAUUAAUUCUUAUUGCCUCAGUUUUGCUUUGCGCAUAUCUAUUCACAGCCAACAUAUCGUAUGUUGAAGGCGACCCAUUGUUUCAUACAAAGGGGAUAGCCCUUUUGAGGUAUUACGCCGUUAGAGCAAGUAUUCUCUCAAGUUUUCUUAUGCCUUUGCUUAUUUUGUUUGGUGGGCGAAACAACUUUUUACAGUGGUUUACACGAUGGGACUAUUCAACAUUUAUAACAUUGCAUCGGUGGGUCUCGCGCGAGAUUAUGGUGAUGAUCUUGAUCCACUCUUUCAACUAUUCGCUCUAUAUACAUUUAAGAAGUCAUAACCCACUUCAAACGUAUAUUUACUUUGGCGUGGCAGCGAGCAUUGCUGGUGUAGCCAUCUUGAUACAGGGCUUAUUAGUGUUGCGGCGAGCUUAUUACGAGCUAUUUCUUUUGCUUCAUAUUAUUUUGGCAGCAGUCUUUAUAUUUGGAGCAUGGGUCCAUGUUGAGGAUUUAUAUUGCGUAUGGUUUUAUUACACCUCGGCUGCGAUUUGGGGCUUUGACAGAGCCAUUCGGAUUUGUCGACUUUAUUCUUUUGGUGCUCCAUUGGCCAAAGUCUACUUAUUGGCCGAUGAAACAUUGAAAGUUGUUGUUCCACGGCCUCCAAACUGGGAUGCUAUACCAGGGGGACAUGCAUUUAUUCAUUUUCUUCGACCAAGUUGUUUUUGGCAAUCGCACCCAUUCACAUAUACAUAUACAGAAGUUGAUAUUGUGUUGUUUAUCAAGGUGAAAAAAGGAGUCACUUUGCGAUUAGCCAAUUACUUGAAGACACACAAGGAAAAGUAUACUAAAAUACGCGUAGCCAUUGAAGGAUCGUAUGGUGAGGCAACACCAGCUCACAAAUACGAUCGUGCAGUGUUUGCCGCUGGCGGCAAUGGAAUUCCAGGUAUUUACUCCGAGGUUGUUGCUAUCGAUAACAGCAGGAAGCAUUGUUAUGGUGGCGAGAAUCAGAACAAACAAUCAUUGAAAUUGAUUUGGGUCGUUAGAGAGUACAGUUCUUUGUUUUGGUUCUAUGAGGAACUACUUAGGCUUAAAGAACACACGAAUAUUGAGACCAUAGUUUAUAUUACUCGACCUCAUUUGCUUAUUGACAAGGAAGAUUUUGACAAAAGAGUUAUAUCGAUCAUGCCGGAUCUUUCAGAGUUGAAUGAGUUGACCCCGCUUAUUUCCAAGGGCGAACAGCAAAAACAACAACCACAGCAACAACAACAGCAACAACAACAGCAACAACAACAGCAACAACAACGAACAAAAAUACAGGAAGAUUUGAGACCCACUGUUUUCAAUGAAAGUACAUCCAACUCCUUCAACAAUGAAGAACUCAUCAGUACAGUAAAGUCGGAGUUAUCACAUAUUACAAUUAUAGAGGACAGACCAAAUAUAGAGCAAGUGGUCAGGACCAAUAUCAAGGAAUCUAUGGGCUCAACAUGCUUUAUUACUUGCGGUCAUCCUGGAAUGGUGGAUGAUAUUCGUGCUUCUGUAGUGAAUAAUAUCGACAAUGACGAAAGCAAAAGAGUUGAUUAUUUUGAACAAUUGCAAGUCUGGGCAUAA